UCUCAUUUGAGGAAAAAGUUAAACUUCUGGCGCAUGUUUACUAGCUAGUAGUUUCUCAUAUAGUUUCUCAUUUCAAUUUCUCAUUUUCGACAAAUGAGAACUUCACUUUCUCAUUUGCGAAACUAGUUUCUCAAAUGAGAAACUAUGUUCUCAUUUGAGAAACUGUCAAAAAGGAUUUCAGUCAUGCUUCCGGACCUUGCGGAACUUUCGGUGGCACCGAACAUCGUGGAAGCAACCCGCCAAUUCCAAAGGAAGGAAAAGUAAAAAGUAGACUAACGGUCAAGCACCAAUGCUCACUUUUUCUCCUCGGCGCAGUAAGACCACGUUAUUACACUCACCUCGCAAAUAGACUAUUAUUACAAACAACAGCACCAACCAUGAGUACUCUUGUUGUCCUCCUCCUGCUACCAGCGCUGGCUCUCGGCCACUCCUGCACCAGUUUCACGGUGAACUCUACCACGGAACGAGAGGACUUUCUCGCCAUGGACACCAGCUUUGUCCCUCAGUCCAUCAAGGAUGUGGUUUCGGCCGACACGGAAAUGGACCAAUCCUUUACCGGCUUCUACGAUUGCCACAAUAUGGCAGGUGACUACGAGGUUGGCGUGGCGUACAUUUGUGACGAGUCGGAGACAUGCAGCUGUACAGCUCUCUAUCAGUUUGAAGAAUGCUCUUCUUGCACCGUCUGUGGCGAAAUUGGAAAACUGGAAUCCUUCAGUGCCGAUUGCAGCAACGUCAAGAUUGGCUACACGGACAAUUGUACGGUGGAAUGCGGGUACGAGACAACUGGGUGCUUUGUAGAGGAAGACGCAGAAGAGACCGCGGCGACAGCUGAUAAUAGCACCGCCACCACAGAGGUUCCUUCCACUUCGGAUGCCACCACUACUAAUGAUGCUUCCUCAAGUUUCAUGCCGCGAAUGGCAAGCAGCCUCAUUCUUUUGAUUGGCACGCUGGUUGUCUUUGCAUGAACUGGCUACCCGUACUAGUCAAGUAAUCCUCUAUCAAUCUACCAUCUGUUAAGUUCUGAAAAGUUCAUACCGUAUCCUAAUAGCUGGCGUCUUGCUAUCUGCUAGCUACCGUACAGUAGUAGCUGGCUAGAGCUACAUGCAGUUUGAAUGAGGAGGUCCGAAUUUGCU